AUGAGGUCCACGCUCUCUUUCCUGUUGGCCGCAACAGCUUUUCCUUUCUCCUUCUGCGCUAUCAUCUACGUCUCUCCAACAGGGUCUGAUACUGCAUCCGGAAGUAUCACAGCACCUCUCAAGUCCAUUCAAUCUGCUGUAAAUGUUGCCACAGCAGGGUCUACUAUUUACCUGCGAGCAGGAACAUUCUCGCUCACCAAGAACAUCCAAUUUGUGAAAAGCGGUACGGCUGCUCAGCCAUAUACUAUCUCUGCGUACCAGGCCGAGAAAGUUGUCAUUGAUGGAGAAGGAUUGCCUUAUACCCCGGCAGCUCUUGAUGCCUCUAUUCCACGAGCAGAUAGAGGAGUUUUCCACAUUGAGAAAGCUAACUACUGGCGUUUCAUCAAUCUCGAGAUCAAAAAUGGUCCCUACGGUGUCUAUCAACAAGACUCUUCUAACAAUUACUUUGAAAGAAUCAUCACUAGAGACAACUACGAAACCGGCUUCCAGAUUCAAGGAGCAUCGGCUAAGAACACGGUCUUGUACCUCGACUCAUAUGGAAACCGCGACCCACGUAAGAACGGCGAGAGUGCCGACGGAUUCGCUUGCAAGGAAGGUAGCGGGGAAGGUAACCUACUGAAAGGGGCACGAUUGUGGAACAACGUCGAUGAUGGACUCGAUCUGUGGGAAUUCAAGUCUGGUGUCACGAUUGAGGACACGCUCUCUUGGGGCAAUGGUGUCAAUCGCUGGGGUUUCACGCCCUUUGAGGGUGAUGGAAAUGGUUUCAAGCUUGGCGGUGGUGGCAGCGCGGCGGAAAAAGCACCUGCGAACCAUGUAAUCACCAAUUCUAUCGCUUUCAAUAACGCCGUUGGGGGUUUCGUUGAUAACUCACAGCCGGGCGCUUUUAUUCUCACCCGCAAUACGGCUUACAAUAAUGGAGGCGCUGGGUUCAAAAUGGGAACUGCCACUGCCACAUUGAAAAGCAACAUCGCUGUUGGAAACAAGGAACAGGCAAGCUUGAGCAGUACACAGAAACAAAGUGACAAUUCAUGGAACUCUGGUACCUGGUCUAAAAGCAGUUUCAAGAGUGUUGACUCGAAGAUUGCGAUAGGAGCUAGAGCAUCGGGUGGAAAAAUUGUCGGAAGUGACUUUUUGCUUCCAACGUCAGGGGCAGCAAUUGGAGCCACUACAUACUGGUGA